AUGAGUAGGAAAGUCAAUACAAACCAGAAUAUCACUGAUCAGCGGCAGCGGUAUGAAAAGGGCAGAAAGAUCAGCUAUGGGACGUUUGGUGAGGUCUAUGAAGGAGUUGAUACUCAAACUUACAAGUCAGUUGCUCUUAAGAUUUUCAAAGAGCAGUAUUCUCAGGCUGCAAAGGAUCAAAAGGUUAAGAAGCUUGCGUCUGACACAGGAGUCGUCAAUGAGAAGGACGCCAUCCCCAAAGAACAUACAAUGCUAAGGGCGGUUUCGCAAAGUGGCAGGCAUGAAAACAUUAUCUCAUUCCUGGAUGAAUACGAGGAUCCUGAAACAAAGCGCAUUGUGUUUGUCUUUGAAUAUGCUGAUCUUGGUGACCUAUGGGACUAUUCUAAAGAUAGACAAAAAGUUGGUAACCCACUUUCUGAAGAUGAAGUGAGGUGGCUUGUAUGGUACAAAUUUAUGAAUAUGUGCUCUAUAGAUGCAUUCACAUUCCUGUAUAGGGACAUACUUAGAGGGUUGUACCAUCUCCACAAGAAUAAUUUGUUCUACAGGGACAUGAAGCCAGAAAACAUUCUUCUAUCGUUAAUCACAGAUCCUGUGAAGAUUAAUGACAGAUCUGGAUUUGGCAUGAUUGCAAAGAUAGGAGAUUUUGGUCUAUCGUGUCGCUGCAAAGGCAAAUCCGUCGAGUUCAACGCCGGGACAAAUGUGUAUCGCCCACCGGAAGCAAUUAAUGGUAAUGUCGAGCGUAAAUCAGAUAUCUGGAGUUUAGGACUGGUGAUGUUUGAUGUGCUGACUAUUAAUUUUCACCCAUUCGGGCCGAAUGAAAGGCAAUCGAAUCCAGGAUACGACAACAAGACUAUUCUGUUCAUGGAAAAGUACAAGAAUCAUUUAGAUGAUAAACUCGAGCUUAAGCUGAAACAGUACAACAAUAUCUCACAAGAAGGCAAAGAUCUCAUUAAAAGGCUGCUUAAGGAAGAUCCUGGAAGCAGAAUAAACGCUCACAAUGCAUUACAGCACCGAUGGUUUAGGUCACUACACUCGCGGUCACUUCACGAGUCAUUUUCGAACAGUCUCUGGCAGCUUCAAAGCAGGAAGAAUUCGGGUUCUUCGAAUAAUAGUGCAACACCUUCUAGCGUUCCAAAAAAACCAGCAGCGAAGAAUGGAAACAGCAAUCAGGACGGUGAUAAGAAAGAUUCAAAUAGGCAAAAUCAAGUGCGACAGUCCACAGCUACACCUCAGGAACAGCAAGGUUCUGAUCAUCACAAGGCAAGCAAGAAGGAGAACAGCCCUCGAGCCAGUGGUCCGAUUCAGAAGGCAAAAGAGUAA